AUGUCUGAAGUACAAGGAACAGUUGAGUUUUCUGUAGAGCUACAUAAAUUCUAUAAUGUGGAUCUCUUUCAGAGAGGGUAUUACCAGAUCCGAGUGACCUUGAAAGUGUCCUCAAGGAUCCCCCACAGACUGAGUGCUUCCAUCGUUGGGCAGUCCGAGAGCAGCAGCCUGCAUUCAGCCUGUGUCCAUGAGAGUGCCGUGCAUAGCCGAGUCUUCCAGAUCUUAUACAGGAAUGAAGAAGUUCCCGUAAAUGAUGCCAUGCUCUUCCGGGCUCAUUUGCUCUUAGACGGUGAGAAGGUAGAAGAUGCUCUGAGCGAGGUCGAGUUUCAGCUCAAGGUGGACCUGCACUUUACGGACAGUGAGCAGCAGCUGGGAGAUGUGACGGGGACACCAAUGAUCAGCAGUCGCACGCUUGGCCUGCACUUUCACCCCCGGAGGGGUCUGCACCACCAAGUCCCUGUCAUGUUUGACUACUUCCACCUGUCGGUGAUCUCCGUGACCAUCCACGCUGCCCUGGUGGCUCUGCAGCAACCUUUGAUCAGUUUCACCCGCCCAGGAAGAGGCUCCUGGUUAGGGAAAGGUGGCCUAGAUGCAGGACCAGAACAGCCUACUAUUUCUCUGGAAAACUUGGUCUUUGGAGCUGGAUACUGCAAGCCGACUUCCUCAGAGGGAAGCUUCUAUGUCCCCUCAGAGAACUGCAUACAACAUGCACACAAGUGGCACCGGGACCUCUGUCUGCUGCUGCUCCAUGCCUAUCAGGGCCUCAGACUCUAUUUCCUGGUCAUCAUGAAAGACAUCCCUGAGCUGCCCACCAUGGAGCUGGAGGCCCUUGCUGUUGAGGAAACCCUUUCUCAGCUGUGCUCAGAGUUACAGAUGCUCAACAACCCAGAGAAGAUAGCAGAGCAGAUCAGCAAGGAUCUUGCCUGGUUGGCCUCCCACCUGAUGGCCCUGUGGACCCAGUUCCUAGAUACAGUGACACUGCACUCCCAAGUGACCACUUAUCUCACCCAGGAACACCAUACCUUGAGGGUUCGAAGGUUUUCUGAAGCUUUCUUUUAUAUGGAGCACCAAAAACUUGCAGUCCUGACCUUUCAGGAAAACCUGAUCCAGACCCACAGCCAGCUAUCUCUGGACAUCCGGAACUCAGAGUACCUCACCAGCAUGCCCCCACUGCCCGCAGAGUGCCUGGAUAUUGAUGGUGACUGGAACACCCUGCCCGUUAUCUUUGAGGACAGAUACGUGGACUGCCCUGUCUCAGGGCAUAAUUUGAGUGUUUAUCCUAAUUUUGAUGUCCCACUGACAAGUCCUGCAAUAAUGAAUCUAAAAGGGAAAGAAAAGAAUCUUAUAAAUCAAAAGUCAUCUUUGAGGAAAGACCUUCCACUAUCUACUACGAAAGCUCCCCAGUUGGGCUCUGAUGAAGAUGUAAUUAGGUGUCCAGGAAUGGAAGAGAAUGUCUCCACACAGAAUCCUGUGGAUGUGUGCUCAGAAUCCCAGGUGUAUUUGACCAUUGGUGAAUUCCAAAACAAAGCUGUCAUGCCUGAAGGUGAAUGCUGGACUGGCCCAAGGUCUGAUGCUGUGAGAGAUUCAGAUGUGGACAUCCAUAGGAAAAGCCCAGGUCCGGAAGAUGCGAAGACCCCAGCAUUGACCUACAUUGACGUAAAAUCUAGCAAUAAGAACCACCCUGGGGCUGAGCCUAUGGUGGGCCUUAAUGUGCAGCAUGAACACAGGCGCUCUCAGGACAGCUAUGAUCUUGUUAAGACUCUGCCAAGCAAAGCUGUAGGAAUAAAUCAGAACAAUGCUAUAUCUUUAAAUGAAACAGCUGCCCUCCAGUUCAGGACUCUAGGAAGGGGAGCAGACCAGGAGGGAAAGCCUGUACUACUGAGCCUGAAGCUCACCCCUGCUGAGCCCUGUGACUCAUUGAACACCACGCACAGGGAACCUUCGGACACCACAUCUUCCCUGCAGGCCCAUGCAGAAGAGCAGGAAGAUCUGUCAGCGCUCUCUGGUAUCAUCAAGAGGUCAGCCUCCAUCAUAUCUGACUCGGGCAUUGAAAGCGAACCAAGUUCUGUUGCCUGGUCUGAGGUCCGAAGCAGGGUGUUGGAGUUACCCAGUGAUCGUGAAGUUUUACACCAGGUGGUUCGAAGGCAUGCCCACCACAGGAACUCUUUAGAGGGUGGCCAUACAGAAAGCAACACCAGUCUGCCCAGUGGCAUCCAGGCUUCUCUUACCUCUAUCAGCUCUUUGCCUUUUGAAGAUGAGGAGCGCGAGUUGGCACUUACUAAGCUAACCAAGUCUGUCUCUGCACCCCAGAUCAGCAGCCCUGAGGAUACUGCUGAAGGUGCAGACACCAUGAAGCACAUGGGAGGAUUUUCUGAAGACCUGGACAGUUCUGGCAAGGACAACCGUUCACCUGGACACAGUUCUCAUUCUUCUGGUGACUCCAGAGUCCAGGAUGUCAGGGCAGGACAUUCUCUUGCAGAUAUAACUUUAGAAUCUGACAGAACCCAGGGUCCUGGGUACAUAGACAUCCCCAAAGGUGAGGAGAAUCAGUCCAAUCCUCAAGGACCCUGCUGUCUGGAUGGCACAGCUGGGAGCACGCCAAGUGUUGAAACCAAAGGUCUUAACUUAAAAAUACCAUGCUCUAUAGUGCUUGAAAAUUCUAGGACCAGAUCUUUUCAAAGAACAGUAGUGGAGACCACAAAAGGCAAAACUAAAGAAUCAAGUGGGGAUAAGCACAUACUCCCCAACCACAGCAUCUUAGAAGCCAGGGCUGUGUCUCACAACAGGGUGCCUGAAAUCAGGAGUGUGGCUGCUCUUGAAGCUGGCAACUUGAACUCUACAGGUGUACGAACUGGUUCAUCAAGUGUCAACGAUACCAUGCCAUUGAAUAGAGGACAUAAUGCCUCUCUGGAGGUCCAACACGAAGCAGGCACUGUGUGCCCCACUGUGACUCACGCUAUUGCCUCUCAAGUGUCACGAAACCAAGAGCUGAAGACAGGAACUUCCAUCUCUGGGUCCCACUUGAACUCCGCAGAGGCCUUUACUCUGGACAGCCUAAAGGCAGUGGAGGUCGUUAACUUGUCUGUGUCUUGCACUGCCACAUGUCUCCCUUUCUCAUCUGUACCCAAGGAGACCCCCGCUAGGGCCGGACUGUCUUCUAAACAAAGCCUAGCCCCCAUCACUCAUCAACCUUUGGGUUCUUUUGGAGUUGUUUCUACCCAUUCCAGCAAGUUGGAAGAAGAAGUCAGCGAAAGGAUGUUCAGUUUUUAUCAGGCCAAAGAAAAGUUUAAAAAAGAACUGAAGAUUGAAGGAUUUCUGUACAGUGACUUCUCUGUACUAGCUUCUGAUAUACCAUAUUUCCCACCAGAGGAAGAGGAGGAAAACUUGGAAGAUGGGAUUCACCUGGUGGUCUGUGUCCAUGGCCUGGAUGGGAACAGUGCAGACCUACGGCUGGUGAAGACUUUCAUAGAACUGGGUCUCCCUGGAGGAAAAUUGGACUUCCUAAUGUCUGAAAAAAAUCAGAUGGACACAUUUGCAGAUUUUGAUACCAUGACAGAUCGAUUGCUGGAUGAAAUCAUUCAACACAUCCAGUUGUACAACCUCUCCAUAUCCCGAAUUAGCUUCAUCGGUCAUUCUCUUGGUAACAUUAUCAUCAGAUCCGUCCUCACAAGGCCCCGGUUCCGGUAUUACCUCAACAAACUCCACACAUUCCUGUCACUGUCUGGGCCUCACCUGGGGACUCUGUACAAUAACAGCACCCUGGUCAGUACAGGCUUGUGGCUCAUGCAGAAACUGAAGAAAUCUGGCUCCCUUUUGCAGCUGACCUUCAGGGACAAUGCUGAUUUGCGCAAAUGUUUCCUUUACCAACUUAGCCAAAAAACAGGGCUGCAGUAUUUUAAAAACGUUGUUCUGGUUGCUUCUCCCCAAGACCGCUACGUGCCAUUUCAUUCAGCGAGGAUCGAAAUGUGUAAAACCGCCCUCAAAGACAGACACACAGGGCCAGUGUAUGCAGAAAUGAUCAACAACCUCCUGGGCCCUCUGGUGGAAGCUAAGGGCUGCACUUUGAUCAGACAUAAUGUGUUCCAUGCUCUGCCCAACACUGCCAACACUCUGAUUGGCCGUGCAGCUCAUAUCGCUGUGCUGGACUCAGAACUCUUCCUUGAGAAGUUUUUCUUGGUGGCAGGACUCAAUUAUUUCAAGUAG